AUGUCCGCUGUCCCCUGGGCCACCCUGUUGGUCCUGGGCCUGGGCCUCACCAUCCCGCCCGUCAACGGGGCCGAUCGGGAAAUGAUCGACAGGAACUCGGACUUUUCCACGCGCUUAUUUCGGACGCUGGCGAGCCGCACCGACGACAAUGUAGUCCUGGCUACGACCGCGGUGUCGCGCGGCAUGGCGGCGCUGCUCGCAGGCACCGUCGGCACCACGCGGGACCAGCUGCAAGCGGUGCUCAGACUGGCCGGAUUGGACCCUGAAAACAUCACGGACCCGCUGUCGGUGAUGGGAGCCGGCGCCCUGAACCUGAAGCAAGGCGUGGCCUUCUUCAGCACCGCAGACACACAGGUGUCGGCUAAAUAUGCGGCCGAUCUUCAGAGCAAAUACGAGGGUGAUGUCAAGACCCUGGACAUGAGUGCGCCGCAGGACGCCGUCGACGCCGUCAACGCCUGGGUCCGCCAGCAGAUCGGCGAUCAGGCGCGGGACCAGCUGACCGCGCUGGACCCCCAGACGCGGCUGCUCCUGGCGACCGCGGCUUUCUACCGAGGUCGCUUCAGGUUGGCGUUCAACGCCAGCGUCACUCAAGACGAGCGCUUCUACGUGGACAAGUACCACGUAGUGACGGCGCCCAUGAUGUACCGAGCCGACAAGUACUUCCUGGCGUACGACCGCGCGCUUAAAACGGGCGUGCUCAAACUGCCCAUGACGGACGGGGCGGCCAUGUUGGUGGUGCUGCCCGAUGACAACGUGGACAUCGGCAGCGUGGAAGAAGAAGUCAACACGGAAAAGAUCCGCGCAUGGAUCGGGCAGCUCAAGAAGACGAAGCUGGAGGUGCAGUUGCCGCGAUUUACGUUUGAGGCUUCCUACUCUCUGGGUGACGUCCUGAAAACGCUGGGUGCCGUCCAAGUCUUCCAGGAUGACGCCGACCUCGGCAACAUGGGCGCCGCUCAGGGCUCCAAAGUGUGGCAGGUUCUUCACAAAGCCGCGGUGUCGAUGGACGAGAGUGGCGGAGGUGACGGCCCGGCCGGCGGCUUCUCCGGCCCUCAGCCUCGACUGACCGUCAACCGGCCGUUCCUCUUUGUGGUUUACCACGAGAGCAGCGGCGGCCUGCUCCUCAUGGGACGGCUUCGCGACCCCACCAAGACUUAA